AUGGCCUCAGGUCUUCCGCCGAUUAUCGCCAGACAUGGUGGCCCUGAGAUAGAUGAGGACGAUUGCGGCUACGUGUGGCAAAUCCCAGCCGCAGAAAGGUGCCAGUGGACGAAGGAAACGCAAGACUGCCUUACGGACGCGGCGAUACAGUACAUACCCGGUUUGUUCUGCGCAUUUUCGUCGGAGAACACGGCGUUAAUCACUCUUGGAAUUAUUCUGUACAUGCUGUGGCUCCUUUACUUGUUCCUCAUCCUAGGAACUACCGCCGACAACUUCUUUUGCCCCGCUCUGAGCAUAAUCGCCGAGAUAAUGCACCUCUCGGACAACAUCGCCGGGGUGACGAUCCUCGCCUUCGGUAACGGAGCACCCGACAUCUUCACGGCCCUCGUCGCUCCCGCCGAGGAGACGGUCGUCAUGUUCAACGAGCUCAUUGGCGCCGGGGUCUUCGUUACCACGGUCAUAGCCGGUUCCAUAGCCGUCGUCCAGCCGUUUAGAGUAAAGUUUCGCCCGUACAUCCGCGACACCACGUUCUACGUCGGUGCCGUAUGCUGGAUAGCCUACGUUAUCGGCGACGAGUCCGUUCACAUAUGGGAAGCCAUGAGUCUCAUUUUCGUGUACGUCGGAUUUAUCGUGGUCGUUGUCAUUGGACAGAUGAUUGAUAAUAGAAAAAACGUGACACAAGAUCGAAUACCGAGCCUGUACGACCGCACCGUGUUGAAAACUUACUUGGUUAACCGCGACGAAACUCUCAUCCCACGGCUACCCACACGCGCCAAGGCUGUCGGAUUACAAUCAAAACUGGACAUCGUGUUGGACGUUGAGCGGAAGAAUGCCUUGGCCAAAGAUGACACGACGGAGGAUUCGAGCGUCGACGACGGCGCUUCUCGCCGACCUCAGGGACUCUAUCGAGAAUUCCUCUUCGACGUUUCGCCCAUGAACAUGGAGGACUGGUCGGAGGCUUCGAAGUGUACGCGCAUUUACAUAAUCCUUCGAGCGAUCCCUAUGGCCUUCCUACAGUUCCUGAUCCCCGUGGUCAAUCAGACCGCGGUGAAACGAGGCUGGUCGAAGCUCCUCAACUGCACCCAGCUCUGCAUCACGCCUGUGGCCAUUACUUUUCUAUUUGACGGUAACGAGGAUCUACUUUCGAAAUUAAUGAGUCAGCAAUCGAACACGAUGGCAGUUGUAUAUUUGAUAGCUAAGGAAGUCUACUCGGUUCUCCACACAAUAGGGACCGCUUUGAAAAUAUCCGACAGCACUUUGGGAAUGAUGUUUCUUGCAUGGGGAAACAGCAUCGGUGACCUCAUAUCAAACGUGGCGAUAGCAAAGCGGGGCUAUCCUCGAAUGGGGUUCGCCGCCUGCUUCGGAGGGCCGUUGUUCAACACCCUCUUGGGCAUGGGUCUCACCUACGGAAUCGCUGCGGCAAAACACGAUGACCUGCGAACUCAAGUAAGAGCCAGCGCAAUGGGCCCCGGGUGCAUAGCCUUUCUGCUGUGCUCGCUCAUGGCCUCGGCCUCUUACCUUACCACUACCGGUUACCUCGCCCGACGAUCCUACGGCUUCAUGCUCUACAGCAUUUACUUCAUGUUCAUGCUAAUAUGCAUUCUCAGCGAGAUUGGCUUCAUUCAUCCCCUGGGGUCAGAUCACAGGGAUGACUGA